UGGCUUCUGCAAGGUGCCCGAUAAUCCUGGCAGAGUGGGACCUCAUUCUCUUUCUCUUGUCUUUGCUGCAAACUGAACUAUCCAACUGCACCCGGUUAUUUUUAGGCUACACCAUACAGUCACAGCGUCGCGAAUGUAACGCAAUAGCUGCUAUAACAUUAUAGGCCAUAAUAACCCAUAAGGUCGCCAUACCAAUCGGCUGAACAGAUUUAGGCAAGCCUGCGGUCAUGUUGUUUAGAUUCGGCGUCAUUCUCACUCCGGAGUCCUCGGAGGUCGACGUCUUUGUUUUGGGUUCGCGUGCUGAAAUGGGGAACUGGGACCCGAACAGAGCGGUUCGGAUGAAAGCCACACAGAAACUCCCGUCACCCGCAGAACCGUGUCUGUGGAUCGGUGAGGUGCACCUAGCCGAGCCCCACAGAGACACACUGUGGUUCAAGUUCAUCCAAAGAGUCAGAGGCACCUUUAUCUGGGAAGGAAGCGGGCCAAGCCAUGACAGAUGGUGUACAUAUGAUGAUAAGAAUGUGGUGGACGGCGUGUAUUGCCACCCGAUCGGCCACUGGAUAGAAGAAACAGGGCACACAGAUGAGAUGAGGCACACCACCAACUUUUAUUUCAGUGUGGCUGGUCAGAAGGCCAUGCAUUUCUCCAGGGUGCUGCCACGUAUUUGGCUGGGCAGCUGCCCUCGACAGGUGGAACACGUGACAGUAAAGAUGAAGUAUGAACUGGGAGUCACUGCAGUGAUGAACUUCCAGACAGAGUGGGAUGUGGUGAACAAUUCCUAUGGCUGCCGGCGUAACCCUGACGAAACCGUGACCCCAGAGACCAUGAUGCAUUUGUACAGAGACUGUGGCCUUGUGUAUGUGUGGCUGCCCACAUCGGACAUGAGCACUGAGGGUCGGAUCAGGAUGCUUCCUCAGGCUGUAUUCUUGCUUCAUGGUCUCCUAGAGAAUGGUCACACAGUCUAUGUCCACUGUAACGCUGGAGUGGGGAGGUCGACUGCAGCUGUGUGUGGCCUGCUCAUGUAUGUCCUCGGGUGGACCCUGAGGAAGGUGCAGUACUUUGUAGCAGCAAGGAGACCAGCAGUGUACAUCGAUGAGGAAGCUUUAGUCAAAGCUGAGGCAGACUUCCUUCAAAAGUUUGGCCGGCUGCGCUCAUCUAUGUCUGACCCUGAAACAUGAGAUUCGAGUGGCCUUGUGCUUUAAAUCUGAAGCUGAAUCCUUUGGACUUUCUGAGAAAUAAAAUGAUUAAAAACACAAAACAAUCCUUGACGUGCAAAAUUUUAAAAAAUAAAAUCUGUAUCUCGACUUUAAUCCAAUGUAUGUAAAUAACUCACUUCUGCCCAAGUAUCUGAGAGUGUUCUGGCAGCAGAAACGUCGCAAGCAAUCAAUCUAACUGGUGUGUGAGCUUUUAAAAGCUGGCGUAGGCAACAUGUUUUUGGCGUCACUGGGAAAAUAAUCCGUAAUAGGCUUUCAGCGUAUUGUAUUUUAAAUGUUCUUAAGAGUUACUUGACUCCUGCUCCUUCACUGGGCUCUAUUUUCAGGCUUCAAAAACAUCUAGUCCGUUAUGGGAAACUUUAGUCAAUUGCAGGUUUUUUCAGAUCAAAUAAAACAGAUUUUUUUUAAAAAGCAGUAAUUUAUAAAGUCCUAAUAGGAAGCAAAAUGUGGCAGUUCAGUGGGUACUUUUUACACCGCUGACUAAUCUUCAGCUGUAUGAAUAUCGUGCAUACACCCAUGCUCAUCUGGUUGGAGGGGAUUGGAGAGAGAUGACAGCUGCAGGAGGAGAUGUGGCUUUUAAAAAAAAUCUGGCUCCCCCUCUUUCAGGGCCUUAACUCAGCCUUUAAAAAUAUACACUUGCAAAUUGAGGACUUGGACUCAGCACAUGUCCACGUGGGUGUUUGUAAAGGCCUUUUCUUUUAAUGCUUUUUUAAGUUUUAAUGAAUAAACAAAGCUGACGUUCUGAGCAAACAUAUAGAUGCUCUUUUAAAAGUUGAAUGCAACUAAAUCGCAGGAACUGUGCAGGGUGAUAUUUCUCAUUUCCUGCGUGCAGUCAAUUAUUAAGAGAAACAUAAAUUUUCUGUGUUGUUUUGUGUUUGUUUGUUUUUUUUUUCAUUUCUGAGAAUCUCGUGUUUCUUUUCAGAAAGGAAAUUUGUAAUUUCCCAGGUUUUAGAGAUGGAACUUAAUGCUGCAUGAAAAUGACUCUGUGCCAAAGCUACAAAUGAAAAUUUAAAACUAAUAUAUCAAUAAUGUCUCUCCCUGUGUGUAUGAGAGGAACUCAGCUCCCGGGCAUCAAAGAAUAUAGCUCGUUCUCUCUCUCACUCUGAGCGCUUGAUAGCAUUUCAUGUUUUAUUUACCUGACAGAUGCUCUUCCAAUCAUCUCCUGAAUAAGAAAAAACAUCUCUUCUAGACCGUUUUAAUGCAUACAUAACAGCCCAUUAAGACACGGAGCAUUAUUUGUUGUCAUUUCUGAACAUUUGACUACACUGUUAUUGUGACGAUGCUGCAUUUGCUUUUCUUCAGAAGAUGUUUUUGUUAAGAAAAAUUAGUGAAUUAGAAUAUCAAAGAUUUCUUCCCUCGAGCACAAAUCUGUAUACUUUUUUUUUUUAUUAGUUUCUGUGAGUCUCUGCAGAAGGCAGCACCAUUAUGAGGGGAUCAGCAUGGAUGGGUGGGUGGAUAGAGCUAAGCACCUGUGCUAUUGAAAGUGAAUCAUCACGGUUUUCUAAAGAUCUAAAAAUAUUCACAAAACUGAACUUGAAAUAAAAUGCUUUUCUAUAUUUAUUUUCUGUUUUUUUGUUUUCUAAGGUAUCAACAUUGAUUUGACAGAAAAUCAUGUGUUAUGUUUGUGUAUACUUUACUGUAUGAACAGUAUAUUAGUGGAUUGCUGUCAGCAAUUGAUCACAAAGCAUCUGAACACCAUAUGAUUUGCUGUUGCAUGUAGUUGCAUUCAAAUUCAAGUACAGAGACGAUUUGCAGCUGACACAGAACAUUUAAAAAAUGAAAGAAAAAAAAAACACCAGUGCACCAACACUUGUGUUGUGCCUAUUAUUUUGCCCUGCAAUAGCUGUGCAUGGCAUCAGCUUGUAUAUAUUCUCUUUGCUCGGUCUUCUAGAUCCACUUCAUGCUGAAAGCGUCACAGAUCAUUUCUUUUCAUUUCCUUCUGCAGUUUACCCUGUUUUUUUAUGCCUUCAUGGAUCAACUAACUGAGACCGACAAAGUCUUCUAUUUUAUCUUCACUGUAAAAUGAAACAUUAAUAAUAAAACUGAGCAGUCAUUUA